UGUCCCCGCGGUGUUGCCGUAGUUGGCGGAAGCAUCGGCCGUGAGGCAUUGUGGGAGAAGAUGGCGACCGCCGUCCGCUCUCGGGGUGUCAGAGCACUGCCAAUGUCACGUCUGGCCAUUCCUGCAGCAGCAACCUCUGUGCUUCGUGACCCAUCCCAUCGCCAGCUUCAUCAUGCUGUCAUACCUCAUGGGAAAGGUGGCCGCUCAUCUGUCAGCGGAGUUGUGGCCACUGUGUUCGGAGCAACAGGAUUCCUGGGUCGAUACGUUGUCAACCAUCUUGGACGAAUGGGGUCACAAGUGAUCAUACCUUAUCGGUGCGACACAUACGACACUAUGCAUCUUCGCCCCAUGGGUGACCUGGGCCAGCUUACCUUUCUGGAAUGGGACGCACGAGACAAAGAUUCUAUCCGGAAGGCAGUACAGCACAGCAAUGUGGUCAUCAAUCUUAUUGGGCGGGACUGGGAAACUAAAAACUUUGAUUUUGAGGAUGUUUUUGUGAAGAUUCCUCAAACAAUAGCCCAGCUGUCCAAGGAAGCCGGGGUUGAGAGAUUCAUUCAUGUUUCACACCUGAAUGCCAGCAUCAAGAGUUCUUCUAGGUACCUGAGAAGCAAGGCAGUGGGAGAGCGGGAAGUGAGAAAUGCGUUCCCUGAAGCCACCAUCAUACGGCCAGCCGACAUCUUCGGAAGAGAGGACAGGUUCCUCAAUCACUUUGCAAAUAUUCGUUGGUUUAUCGGUGUGCCUCUUGCUUCUUUGGGCUUUAAGACAGUGAAACAACCAGUAUUUGUUGCAGAUGUUUCCAAAGGGAUAGUUAAUGCGGCGAAAGAUCCAGACACCAGAGGAAAAACCUUUGCCUUAACCGGGCCACAUCGGUACCUGCUCUUUCACCUGGUGCAGUACAUCUACGGUAUGGCCCACAGGACCUUCCUCCCCUACCCUUUGCCACUGUUUGUCUAUCGGUGGAUCGCCAGUGUCUUUGAGCUGAAUCCAUUCGAGCCCUGGACAUCGAGGGACAAAGUGGAGCGGAUGCACAUCUCAGAUGUGAUGGCAUCCGACCUGCCUGGCCUGGAAGAUCUGGGCGUUCAGCCCACACCACUGGAGCUCAAGUCCAUUGAGGUGCUGCGGCGGCAUCGCACAUACCGCUGGCUGUCUUCUGAGAUCGAGGAGACAAAGCCCGCCAAGACGGUCAACUAUUAGUGUCACCCAGUCACCUGUGUUUUGUAGAGGGUCUUGUACGUAGUGUUUGAGGCCGCUCUAGUAAAUAUCUAGGAGUCA